AUGCCGGGCUGGCAGAGCCCGCGCGCGGGGAACGUUCUGGAAUGGCCCCAGGGCCGCCUGGAGGAGCCGAGCCGCGAGAGGCCGAGCGGUGUCCGGAGCCCGGGGAGCAUCGGGCGGUGGGUCGCUUAUGAAGCUCGGACCGCCCCGCUGCCGCCAUGCAACCACUCAGCGAUACGAUCCCGCCUGCCUCCAUUUUCUCUGGCCUCCCCCCGCAGGCAGGCGUCCUCAGCUACCGCCCCCGCCGCCCUUAGCCCGCCCUUCCCUGCGGGCCGAGCGAGCUGGCACGGCUGGGAGGGUGCGGGACGGGUGCCGGGCAGCGGGACCUCGGCUGGCAAGGCGCAGAGCCCUCUCCGCCGUGAGGGGCAGCACCUUCAGACAUCUUCCUUUCGAUCGCCCCUUCGUGUUCGCUUGGAGGGCCGUGCGUGGAAACACAAACUGGAAGAGUUCGCCGGCUCUCCUCCCUUUUUUGUAAAUCUUGGGCUCUCUGGAAGCAGCGCUGAAGGGGCGCGGUGGGCGCAGGGCUCCGUCUGCUCGCAUGCCCCUCCGGGGGUUUCUUGGCUCCUCCGCGGCCCCGGAUUAAGGCUUGUGCCGCUGCUGGAUGUGAUGCCAGCCCGUCCUCCGCUGUCCCGUUUAAUGCGCAGGAGCGGUGGCUGUGUAAAAUGGCGAGGCUGUCUGCGUGGUGCUGUGUGCAGGGACCGCCUGCUGCCCCCCGGGGCUCCUGUCCUUGGAUUGAACAAAAAUUCCCCUAAAUAGAACAUCCACAGCGUCCCCGUCUGUCCUUUCCCUCCCGAGUACCGAGCACGUCAUCCGGGCCCCCGAAGUGUAUUCCAAAGAUAAGGGAUAAGCCGUUCGUGAAGAGGACAGUGAAUCCUGGCAUUUAAAACUUUCUCCGGGUGUGAUGGUGGAUUUUAAUUCCCGCAUCCAGCGCCCCGGCCGGCAUUCACGAGCAGAGGGAUAACCGGGGAUGUGGCACCGUAAAACAGCCCCGAGGUGUCCGCAGAGAGUGGCACGGGCAUAUUUUAGCACUGCGGUUUGUCACGCUGCUCGGGAUCACCCGGGGAUCGUCCUGAUUAAUCCGGCUGGCUUAGACUGAGCGCUGUCUGACGCAGACAUAGAGACAAAGCCUGUCAGACAGAGCCGAGAAAAGCUGCUCCUGUUACUGACUUUGCAUUACCUCGAGUCUGAGUUUUUCCCGAUGUAUUGAAAAAGGCCGGGGGAAGCUUAGAUAUAUAUUUAUACA